AAAAAUUAAUUUCUGAAAUCUCUCAGCUGCCAGGGAUCGCGUAUGUUUUUUCCCUCGCCUACCCAUGCCUGCAUUCGUUGUUCUCAUCCUUUCUUCUUCACAUGGCUUGAUUGAUUCAUUCAUUGAUAGAAGAAUAAAGCAACAUCAACCUUUACUUCUCUUAAAUCCAACCUUCAUUAUUUCCCCACCUAUUUCUGUUUCUCCUUAGGUGUUCGAUGAACUCUCAGUCAUGAAGAACGAGCACUGCUUACCAUAAUUGUAGGGUUUUUCAUUAUUUUCCCUUUUUUUUUUCAUUGUAACUUGUUUGCAUUAGCUCUGUGUUACUGUGAUCAAGCGACCCUCAUUUUUGGAUCCAACACGAGCACACUCUGCGGGAGAGGAGGGUCGUCAUUUCACAGGGGAAUUGGCCAUCCAAAUCGUGUGUCUACGGAGGCAAAAGAUUAUAGUUCCUGACACACCAAGGUCAUUGUGGGCUGUAAGUGUUCUACUACAGCGAAUGUUGCUUGGCACUUAAUGAUUGUUGCUAUGGACUUGAAUGCCUCACCGGUGCCUGAGGAAGAUGAUGAUAUUUUUGAGAGACAUAUAGAAGAGUAUAUCCAACCAGAAGAACGCAUAGAAACUGCAGUUGAUAUAGCACGUCGUGAGCGUGAAGAAAGGAAAAGACGGCUGAAAAGAGAACGGACAGACGAUAGACCUGCCCAUGUAUCACAGUCGACAACUGGUUAUGAUCAGACCUUUCAUGCAAAGUUUCUCAAGUCAUAUGAUAAAAGUAGGCUUCCUCCAGGCUGGUUGGAUUGCCCUUCAUUUGGUCAGGAAAUAUACUGCUUAAUACCUUCCAAGGUUCCACUUGGUGAAUCAUUCAAUGACUGUAUUGCUCCUGGUCGAAGAUACUCAUUUAAACAAGUUAUACAUCAACAACGAGUUCUGGGGAGAAAACUUGGUUUGGUGAUUGAUCUGACAAAUACUACUCGUUACUAUCCAGUUUUAGAUCUGAAGAAAGAGGGUAUCAAGCAUAUUAAGAUUCAAUGCAAGGGGCGUGAUUCUGUACCUGAUAAUUUGUCUGUGAAUCAAUUUGUCCAUGAGGUUACUCAAUUUCUAUCACGUCAAAAACAAGCAAAGAAGUAUAUACUUGUCCAUUGUACACAUGGACAUAAUCGUACUGGAUACAUGAUUGUCCAUUAUCUUAUGCGCACUAUGUCUAUGUCGGUCACCCAGGCAAUUAAAUUAUUUUCUGAAGCACGCCCCCCAGGAAUUUAUAAACCUGAUUAUAUUGAUGCUUUGUACACAUUUUAUCAUGAAAAAAAACCUGAAAUGGUAGUUUGUCCUCCUACACCAGAGUGGAAGAGAUCCUCUGAAUUUGAUCUCAAUGGUGAAGCAAUGCCAGAUGAUGAUGAUGAUGGAGUGCCAUGCCCUCCUCAGGAGAACCAUGAGACAGAUGCAGUGAUGACAAACGAUGAUGUUUUGGGAGAUGAAAUACCUCUUGAUCAACAAGAUGGAUUUCGACAGUUCUGUUAUCAAUCUCUUAAAUUGAAUUUUGGGGCCAGAGGACACUCACAUUUUCCAGGUUCCCAUCCAGUUUCUCUUAAUAGGGAAAAUUUACAAUUACUACGACAGCGUUAUUAUUAUGCAACUUGGAAAGCUGAUGGAACAAGAUAUAUGAUGCUAAUAACUAUGGAUGGAUGUUACUUGAUUGAUAGAAGUUUCAAUUUUCGAAGGGUGCAAAUGAGGUUUCCUUGCAGAGGCUCAAAUGAUGGUUUGGCUGAGAAGACCCACCACUACACAUUACUUGAUGGGGAGAUGAUCAUUGAUACAUUGCCUGAUUCACAGAAACAGGAGAGGAGAUACCUCAUAUAUGAUAUGAUAGCAAUUAAUCACGUAUCAGUAAUAGAGUCUGAUUCUAUCAACCGUACCCAAGCAAAGAAGCCUUUAGACAUCUAUUAUUGUAGAGAGGAAUAUGUGGUUGCACAAAUUAGCAAUCACUGGUAUACCACACAUCUCACAUUUUUGUCCAAGCGACCGUUCUAUGAAAGGUGGAAGAUGCUUGAGAAAGAAGUGAUUGAACCUAGAAAUCAGGAACGGCAUAAUACGUACCAGAGCAGAAAUCCUUAUUAUAGAUAUGACCUGGAACCAUUCAGGGUGAGGAGGAAAGAUUUUUGGUUGCUCUCUACCGUGACAAAGCUUUUAAAUGAAUUCAUUAAGAAACUCUCCCAUGAUGCAGAUGGCCUCAUAUUUCAGGGUUGGGAUGAUCCUUAUAUACCCCGCACUCAUGAGGGCCUCCUGAAGUGGAAAUAUCCUGAGAUGAAUUCAGUAGAUUUUCUCUUUGAGAUUGACGAUGAUCACCAAUCACUUUUCCUUCAUGAACGAGGAAAGAAGAAACUCAUGGAAGGGAAUAGGGUUGCAUUCAGAGAUGGUUCAGAUCCCUUGCUUCAUUCGGGGAAGAUCAUAGAGUGUUCUUGGGAUUUGAAUGAACAGGAAUGGGUAUACAUGCGAACCAGGACGGAUAAAUCAACUCCAAAUGAUUUUAAUACUUACAAGAAGGUUAUGCGGAGUAUAAAAGACAACAUCACGGAGGAUGUCUUGUUGAAUGAAAUUUACGAGAUAAUUCGCCUUCCAAUGUAUGCCGACAGGAUAAAAAAUGAGAGCAAAGCCCACCAGCAUGUUGGUGUAGCACGCCGAAGGUGAUUGGUGAGACUGGCAUUUGAUGUCUGUGACAUUUUCUCUGUUAAUAAGAUGCUGGAAGUGCAUUUGAUCGAGAAAAACAAAUUCAGCCGCAUCUAUUGAUGCUUGUCUACCAGAUUAAUUUCAAUUUGUAAUUGGAUUUGACUAUGAUGUGGCCAUCACACAUGUAGGCUGCUAGCUUCUAUUUUGUAAUUAGCUAGGCCUUUUGGUAUUGCUGUGCAGCUGAGUUGUAUUAUCCAGUUUGCAUAGUUCAAAAUGAGGCCUGAGUAUUCAGAUAAAGAGAAUUAGGUUUAGGUUCACAAUGUAAAUUAUCAGUUUUCGUUUCAUGUAGUGAUUAUAAGCCAUUCAAAAGGUAGCUGUUUCCUAGAUCCCGGUUCCAUUACGCGAGUGAUGAGUCAGAAUUUUUAUCCUCUGUAUAUUAGUACGAAAGAUCCUUCCAUGGUCUAUCCUUUUCCCAUGGCUUAGUUCCAAUACUCUUUGUUCA